AUGGAGUCCCACGACACUUCCACCACCCAACCCGACGACCGCGUCGAGCUUAACGUCGGCGGCGUCAUCUUCCAGACUACCGCCUCCACCCUCCGCUCCGGCGGUCCUGAUUCCCUCCUUGCCGUCCUCUCCGGUGCCGGCCGCCGGCCCAUCUUCAUCGACCGCGAUCCGGAGAUAUUCUCCGUCUUGCUCUUCAUCCUUCGCACCGGCUCCCUCCCCUCCACUGCCCGCCGCUUCCCCAUGAGGGAGCUAGCGGAGGAGGGACUCUACUAUGGGAUUGAGCCCCUCCUCCGAGCUGCGGCGGCCCCGCGUCCGCUCAUCGGUUUCGACGCUGCUCCCGUCGCCGACAUCCGCCCGGCCGCCGACGGGGUGGCGACCGCGUUUUCUGCUGGAGCCGAGGACGGCUCCCUCUGGAUCGCCCACGGCGGGCAGAUCUCCUCCUAUGACUGGACCCUCUCCCACGCCGGCACCGUCCGGACGCACCUCGACGAUAUCACAUCACUCCGCCGCGCUUGGCAGGACGUCGCUGUUGUCGGGUCUGCAGAGUCCCCCGGGCUCCACCUCUACGACACCGCCCGCGGCCGCCACAUUGGUGCCGUCCACUGGACCGACGCAUCCGACCCCAGGGUCUACAAGGCCACGGUUUCCGCGAUAGCCGCCGACCCCGGGUCCGACGGCGACACCAUCUACGCCGCCUUCGAGUGCCCUCACCGCGAGAACUGCAUCCUUGCCGUGGACCGUGCUACGCUGCGGCCCUCUGGUGAGAUCGGGCGGCUCAGUGGGAGCUCCAUCAAAUCGACCGUGGCGACGAAGCUGGUGACGGUUCGGGGCCGAGGGCUGCUCUUUGCGUCCGCUGUCAGCGCGGGGGCCUUUGGGUACUCGGGCUACAUGAGGCUGUGGGAUCCCCGGACGAGGGAGGCAGUAUGGGAGACGACGGAGCCCGGGUCCGGGAGGAGCAGUACUCGAUUCGGAGACUCUUUUGCCGACGCGGACGUCGACUGGGAGGAGCCCUCGCCGGCCAUCUACAAGGUAUGCUGGAAAUCGGGGGACGUAGGGGUCGCGGACCUCAGGAUGCUGGGGGACGACCCCUGGGUGUACCUCGAGGAGCGGAGCGCAGGGCUGAGGAGCGACAGUGGCGGCGAGGGCGGCAUCUUGCAUUGCUACAAGAAGCAGGUCUUUGUGAGCAGAACCGAGGGAUUGGAGGUGUGGUCACCGAUCGAUGAGCGAGACGAGGAGGAGAGGGCGGCGGCGGUGGUGGUGGCGGCGGGGGCGGAGGAGGAGCAGAGAAAACCGGCGUUCCGGAGGAACUUUGUGGAUAGGGUGGAGCACGCAGCACGGGGGGUGAUAAGGAGGAUGGAAGGUGGUGGCGACCGGUUGUUUGUGAGCAGGGAGGGCGCGGAGGGUGUGGAGGUGUGGGAGAGCUCAGACUCGGUAGGAACUAUUGCCGUUACGCCGGACUGA